AUGAGCAGCUCUAUACAUAUUGCCCCUCCUCCCACCCCACGCACACCCCCCUUCUCCUCUCUGUGCCCGCAGAAAGACAACGGCCCCUGGGAGACCCUCCCAGCAGUCACCACGAUCGCGAGGGACAACGGCCCCUGGGAAACCCUCCCAGCAGUCACCACCAUUGCGGUGGGCAACGCCAACUACUAUGGGGGAGGGAUGAAGAUCUGCCCAAAUGCGAAUCCCAGCGCAGGCUCUCUGGAUGUACGCUGGGGGUUGGGGAGCUCGCGGGGUGGCUCUCUGGAUGUGCAUUUGGGGUUGGGAGUUGGUGUGUUGGGGUUGGUGAGCUGGGGAGUGGGCACCGCCAACGCUAACUACUAUGGGGGAGGGAUGAAGAUCUGCCCAAAUGCGAAUCCCACCGCAGGCUCUUUGGAUGUGCAUUUGGGGUUGGGAGUUGGUGUGUUGGGGUUGGUGAGCUGGGGAGUGGGCACCGCCAACGCCAACUACUAUGGGGGAGGGCUGAAGAUCUGCCCAAAUGCGAAUCCCACCGCAGGCUCUCUGGAUGUGCAUUUGGGGUUGGGAGUUGGUGUGUUGGGGCUGGUGAGCUGGGGAGUGGGCACCGCCAACGCCAACUACUAUGGGGGAGGGAUGAAGAUCUGCCCAAAUGCGAAUCCCACCGCAGGCUCUCUGGAUGUGCAUUUGGGGUUGGGAGUUGGUGUGUUGGGGCUGGUGAGCUGGGGAGUGGGCACCGCCAACGCCAACUACUAUGGGGGAGGGAUGAAGAUCUGCCCAAAUGCGAAUCCCACCGCAGGCUCUCUGGAUGUGCAUUUGGGGUUGGGAGUUGGUGUGUUGGGGUUGGUGAGCUGGGGAGUGGGCACCGCCAACUACUAUGGGGGAGGGAUGAAGAUCUGCCCAAAUGCGAAUCCCACCGCAGGCUCUCUGGAUGUGCAUUUGGGGUUGGGAGUUGGUGUGUUGGGGUUGGUGAGCUGGGGAGUGGGCACCGCCAACUACUAUGGGGGAGGGAUGAAGAUCUGCCCAAAUGCGAAUCCCACCGCAGGCUCUCUGGAUGUGCAUUUGGGGUUGGGAGUUGGUGUGUUGGGGCUGGUGAGCUGGGGAGUGGGCACCGCCAACGCCAACUACUAUGGGGGAGGGAUGAAGAUCUGCCCGUGUGCGGAUCCCAGCUCGGGAUCCCUUGAUGUGCGUUUGGGGUUGGGAGUUGGUGUGCGGGGGUUGUUGAGCUGA